CUGGACGCAGUAUCAGUUGGCGCUUGAGCGAGGUCGGAUGUGCAAAACAUUGUCAUCACAUCGUUGCCAAUGAUGACUAUCAACGCGAGCGGUGGCAGCAGCGGUGCAAUGCAGUUGUGGUUGGUCGUGGUGUUUGUUGCAGUGCUAGCUGCCGUCGAAGCCAAACAGUUGCUAGUGCAGAGGCAAAAAGUGGCCUCGGAAGCGCUAGUGAACGAUAAGCCGGUGGUCGGCAUCCUAUCCCAGGAGUUGUCCUAUCUGAUGACGCAGAACUAUGGUGACGAGGGAUACGAUAGUUACAUUGCUGCAUCGUACGUGAAAUUUGUCGAAGGUGCUGGGGCCCGCGUCGUACCAAUUUGGAUCAAUCAACCGCCUGAGUACUAUGAAGAGAUGAUGAGCUACGUCAAUGGUAUACUCUUCCCGGGUGGUGCCACCUGGUUUAACCAGAGCAACGGUUACGCGGACGCUGGACGCCACAUUUACGACCAUGCGAUCCGGCUAAACGACAACGGUGACCACUUCCCGCUCUGGGGCACCUGUCUCGGAUUCGAGCUGCUCACCUACCUGGCCGCCAAUGGCGUCGAACAUCGGGCACACUGUAGCUCCAAUAGCCAGGCGUUGCCACUGAAUUUUAAAAAUGAUUUCCGCGACAGCCGAUUGUUCGGUACGGCACCGAAGGAGGUGAUCGACAUACUUAGCCGCGAACCAGUGACCGCCAACUUCCAUCAGUACUGCGUCACCGAAGCGAACCUGACCGCUUAUGGGCUGGACAACGAGUGGCGCGUAAUGUCGGUCGAUCGCGACUGGAACGGAAUGGAGUUUAUCUCGACGAUCGAGCACAAAACGUAUCCAUUUUAUGGUAUUCAAUUCCACCCGGAGAAGAACAUCUACGAGUGGAUCUCGAACAAGAACAUCUCGCACACUGCCAACGCCAUACAGGCGGCCCAAUACUUUGCUGAUUUCUUCAUUGGCGAGACGCGCCGUAAUGAUCAUCAGUUCAGGGAUGAGGCACAGAUCGAUCAGCAUGUCAUCUACAACUACCAGCCGACCUUUACAGGUUUGAAGCGGUCUAGCUUCGAACAGUGCUACAUGUUUGGUGAAUCAGAUAAAGUGCUGCCAAAGAGAAACAAGUCCAAAGGUUCAAAGAAGACAACCAUCAAUCACUAAAUAAAGGAGAACCGUACUACAUCGAUCGCGCCUGAAUGUGGUGAGUGGGCAGAUUCACAUCUCUGACCCACGUGGCUACAAUGUUGCACGGAAUGGCGGAAGCAACAAUGUGUCUGGUACUGUAAUCAGCCAAGACGAUGAUCGCUGCCAAUCCCGGUAGCAGGUGGGACAGAGGAACAAUACAAUGCCAGAGAUGGGAGAUAGCAAGUAGGAAGAUAGCAAUUUAAUGUUCCAGAAGAAGAGAGCCAGGAGUGGAGGGAGUGAGUUAUCGAAAAUAAACGAAAAAUUACUCGUCAGUGAGUGAAUACUGCUGUGUAACGA